GAGGCGUGACUUCACGUGGCAACAUUAAAAAUGGCGUCUAGGUUGUAUCAUGCUAGCAUCCGUUUUAGUGCUCACAAUUCAUUCAGGAUGCAAACUUUUGUACCACUCAAUAGAAAUUUGACAAAUACUCCAUCACAUGCAUUCUUUGUCAGAAGGACCAAGACUAAUAAUAUACCGGUAUACCUUGAUUACAAAGGUGGUGGAACAAGAACGUUGACGAUAGUUAGAAAAAUUGAUGGAGAUGCAAAGGCAUUGGAGAAAAAGCUAAGAGAAGUUAUUAGGAACCGAGACCUAAUGACACGUACAGAUGAAUUAACAGGACAGAUUGUAUUACAUGGAGAUUAUAAAAGCAUUGUAAUGAAAUACUUAAAAUCAAUUGGAUUUUGAAUCAAUGUAUAACUGAUUAUAGCACUUUAUACUGUUAGUCUGUCACUGUAUAAAAUGAUUAUUUAUAAAGAGAGGUUGUUGUCUUUCAGUUCAGAA